AUGUCCACUGAGAAGGGAGCAACAACCGGCCGACAACGACAAGACGACCAUCCAAAUAAGCCCCUGAGCAUCCUCCUCAGGAGUAACUAUGUCGUGCUCCUUGAGUCCUUGGUCGACCCCUUCAAAAACGCCGUAUACCGGAGAUACUAGGCAUGCUCAUUUCCAUUUUCCAGACCCUCAGCUACCUAAAUAAGUGCUAACAUCUUCCAGCUACUUUCAGCUUGAUGUACCUGAUCCGCUCCAAGCCCGGAGCCAUACUCCUCCACCUAAAGCCAAGACACCUCCUAUAUGUUCUACUACCAGUGGCCUAGCUACGCAUGAUUCAUGGCCAGGGGCGAUGGCUAACUCUCGAUCUUCCUUACGAAAAUCGUCGACAAGUGCCGGUCCAUUUCAACGGCUCACAACGCCUCCUUUGCAAUCCUUUGGAGUCGAUCCGCCUCGCCCAGCUCGAGAAGGUUUCGAGUAGGUCUGGUAUCCUGAUGGGUACUGGGCAGAGCGACCUACCUCUCCCCUCCACCGGAAAGGAAGCACAGGCAGCCGCUUCUGGAACUGGCGAAAUCGCUCUACCAAAUCCACAAGUGAGGCAGACAUACAAGACCAGCCUAUACUGCAGCUUCCACCUACAUCCAAACAGAUGUUUCAAACUGCACCUGGAACUCCAAUGAGCCCAUAUCUUACAGAGUCUGAUCAUAUAUUCUUGCUGCAAAACCCACUCAAACGCCGAGAGAGUAGGCUGAAUGAGAUUAAAGAGAGCAGGCUAAAUGAGACUAAAACGACGGAAUCCGCCUCGCCCAUUGAGGACAGCAUAGAAGAGACUCUAUCACGGAAGUCAUCAUCAGAGACUCUUAUCCGGAAACCAUCGCCAACUUUAGCCGAAACGUCUGCCUACUCGCCGAAAAAUCUAUACAGGAAAACUCUUAAAACCUUCGAGUCUCGUUUCAGAGCGAAGCAUGAUGUCGAUCAAGAUGUAAGCUAGUUAAAAGCAAUACUCGAGACUUGGAAUCUAAAAGACUGCGUGUAGCCAGCCCACAAUACAGCGGCAGGCGCAAAAGGAUGUUGCCAAAUUCCCAUCGAUAGGCUAGCCCAACUCAACGGUAAGUCAACUUCCUGGUUCAAAGAUGAACAUGGAACUUCGAAGUUCUCCAAGAAAAUUUUCUUCGGCAAAGCCCCUUGGCAUCGGAAAGAGUCUGGAGACUCCUGCAGUAGCGUGGCCAGUUCGGUGAGGGAGAUCCUCAGAGGCUCAACGCCUCCAGGCACGCCAGUCUCUGGAUAUACUGCACAUUGUGAGUUGCGGUAUUAUGAGUCACGGAUUGCGCAUAGACUAAUUUGAUAUCCAGAUAGCACGCACUCCAUCAACAACCAGUUUCCAGGCGGAGUAUGUUGCCAUUUGUCACAACUAUUAACUUGGUUGCUAAACAAAGUCUGAUUAGGAAGCCCAAAGAAUAG